AUGGAUCUCACUGCGAGUUUAUCGGGGCUCGUUCAGUUGCUACAGAAGGCCGAUUUUCAGCAGGACACAGUGGUGAAACAUCUAGUUUAUGUUCUUCCACUCGUCAAGAACCCGCAAAACAUUUCUCUGGUCCUUGCUGCUGCAUCCAAGGCUAGGCUGAUACGGUCUUUGUCUGAAGCUACGUUUUUGAUUAACGGAAUUUCUGCUGCAGCGCGACGGAAGCAGGAAAUAUCCAACCCAACCAUACCGUAUGAGGAGUUUGUUGAGCACAUUGCAAAUUUAUGUACCUUUUUGGACCCAAUCUUUUCAUUAUGUGUUUUAACGGGUAUUCUGCUGGGGGGCGCACCAGACCAUUUGAAACACCGCAUAGAGGGGAUUAUUGUCGAUUUUUCUCAAACAUUCACAUUUAAAAACGAAUCCGAUUAUUUGGCUAUCGUGCCUUUGGCUAAAGCCCAAUUUGUCUUGUCCGAAGACGCCAAGGCUAGUUUACCUUCUUCCUUGUUGCUGAGACCGGCGCUGCGAGUCAUUUACAACCCAGCUGCUAUUGUUGAUAGCACUUUGGCGAGCGAUUCAUUCAAUGAUUUUGGCGCCUACAGUCAUUUAAUUGGCAAUUGCUUGAAAACAGCCGACUUGGCUGCUAUCUCCCACUAUCUUGACGUGGUGGAUUCAUUCUGUCGGACGGCUGCCGCUGUAUAUUUUCCCGACGCAGUACAACGUUAUAAAAUGCUUAUUUUCGGGGUAUCACUUCAGAUUCAAGGAAUCUGUGUGCAAAUACUGCACAACCGUCACUUGCCCGCUCCAAAGCUUGCCAGGCGUAUUUUGACGGUUAUUCAGUCGGUUGCUUUCGUUCUGGAGGAAUUAGGCGGCAAGUUCGAUGCCUUGGAGUUUUUCACAAAUCUGUGUUUUGAUGUUUUGCUGGAAACAGGUGGACCGGAACCCAGCUAUUUACUCCAGGAUCUUGGCCGAAACUGGUGGGACCUUGAUGUCAUGGAUGUCCGCGGUAGAGGUCGUUUACUUUACAUGCUUGAAAUUGCAGAGAAGCUGCUUCCUGUUCUGAAACCAGAUGUCAUAAAUGGGAUCAUGCUGGGGGCUGCUGAGUAUUAUUUAACUCCGGUCGGUGACGGAAUCUACACCCGCCCUGUUUUAGAAGCCGCUCACUCCUUUAUGCUUGCAUAUUUAGCCAAUUCUAUUGGACCCUUGGCUAAAGUUCUAUCUGCUGAUUCCGCCGCAAUCGCAAUUGAUCAGUAUUUGGAUAAGCUACUGCUACUCUACCCUGGUGUAUUCACUUGGGCACAAUUCAAGACAGCCCUGAACGCAAUCCUGACUGCAAUGGCUCCACCGAAUCCAUGCGAAGCAGAGCUUCGCCAAUCAGUUUUAAACAGACUGUUCCUCAAAGCUAAGAGCGUCAUGCCUGGAACGUUAAUGCCCGAGGGAGAUGAUAACGGACCUCCUACUCUUCGAGCCGCCUGGGUUGCUGCGCUAAUUACUGCAAUGCCGCCCCUAUGCCAAGCCGAUGAAUUCCAAGUAUGGAUGGACCGUGUCGACUCCAUGAUUCCUGGAUCUUACAAUGACAUUGUUCACCGUGAACGCCGAUGGAUUAUUGGACAGAUCCAAGAUUCCGUAGUCGAUCUCGAUUUGCAUCUCGCGGACGUUGGCAUUCGUUACUGGUUUAAUAGAGGAAGUCAUUUGUGA